AUGGCUCCCGCCAAGAAGAACCAGAAGAUGUCCCUGGGGGACUUUCUGGGUGAUCAAUCGCUCGGAUCAUGGGCUGACGAGAUGGAGGACAUGCCCGUUGGUGGUGGCGGAGGUGGAGCCAGCUUCGGAGGCGAGAGGCGUACAUUCAACUCCUCCGGCGGCGGAUUUGGUUCUGACCGUGGAUUUGGUGGUGAACGCAACGAUCGCGGAUAUGCCGUCCGUGAACAGCUUCCCCUCCCCUCGAAGCCCCCAUAUACCGCUCAUUUGGGAAACUUGUCUUUCGACGCCACUGAAGGUGACAUCAACGACUUCUUUGCCGACUGCGCAGUCACCAACGUUCGCAUUGUUGAGGACAAGCUCGAGCGAAAGCCAAAGGGAUUUGGCUAUGUUGAGUUCGGAACUCUUGAUGGCCUGAAAAAGGCACUCGACCUGUCUGGCACACAAUUCCAGGGUAGAAACAUCCGAGUUAGUGUUGCCGAGCCUCCUAAGGACCGCGCAGAGAGCAAGGACAUGUCUGACUGGACCCGAAAGGGACCCCUUCCUGACCUACCAGGCCGCCGCACAUCUGAUCGAGGUGGAUUCCGAAACUUCGAUGCUCCUUCGGAGGCUGGCAGUGAGCGAGGCGAGCGCAGGCGACCUCCUCCGUUUGAAGGUGAUGGCAAGUCCCGUGACUUUGGCAACUGGGAAAGAAAGGGACCCCUCUCACCCGCUGCACCAACUGGGCCUCCAAGGGAGGAGGGAAGGGCCCGAACCAAUGAUGGUCCCAGACCAGAGCGACGACAGUCUCCCGCCUGGGGUGAGGCCCGAGAGGGCUCCGGGUCGCGCCCCCCGCGCCGCGAAUUCCAGGAGAAGCCCGCCUUUGAGCGACAGCCCACAGCCCCAGAGCUUGAUAACCAAUGGCGUUCCAAGAUGCGUCCCGAUGCUCCUGCGAAGUCCCCCACUGCCACUCCCGACGCUAGCACACCCUCUUCGCCUGCUCCUCAGGCUGCCGCACCAGCUACCCGCCCAAGGCUGAAUCUGCAGAAGCGGACUGUUUCUGAGGUCGAACCUGCUCCGGUCUCUGCCUCCAUUGACUCCAAGUCUAACCCCUUCGGUGCUGCUCGUCCCAUUGAUACCGCCACUCGCGAGAGAGAGAUUGAGGAGAAGAGGCAGCUUGCGAUCCGCCAGAAGAAAGAGGCAGAUGACAAGGCUCGAGAAGAGAAGAAGGCAAAGGAUGCCGCUGAGAAGGCUGCCGCUAAAGAGUCUGGUGAAUCUACCGAGAAGUCCAACGAAAAUGGAGAGGAGAAAACUGCUCGUGGUGUCGAGAUUCUCCAGCGUGUAGGAGAGGAUAACGAGGCACCAGAGGGUGGCAAUGCAGUGGAUCCCUCCGCAAACGGGAACAUUGUUCAGGACAAGGCUGUCAAGCCCAAGGAGGUCGUUCGCGACCCACCCAAGAGCGAAGGAUCCUGGAGACGCAAGUCCAGCACUCCAGCUGCCCCUGCAGGCUCUACCACCCAGAAUCUCGAAGAUGACGGCUGGAGCACUGUCCCUGCGAAGGACAACAAGAGGAAAGGUCGAGGAAAUGCCUCGCGCGCCAUUGCUUCUUAG